CCCAUGCGACUUGGAGGCGAACCGGCUCCACACACCAGAAACAUCGCAUUAUGGCCUCGCGCUGAGCCUACUGUUGCGACAGUUGUGUAAAUACCUCACCGGCAAUCCGUCACCAUCGACGCCUUGAUCAUGGACCUCCGGUCCAGAGGCUUUUUUCGGGGCCAUCGGAGUUGUCAUUAGUACUCCCGAAGUACUAUAUUAUUUGAUUUUUAGCACUGUCACUUUUGCACGCCCGGGGAUUUAAACCGAAGUGACAGCAGUAGCACUUACCCCAUCUGCCGGUAAGCUAGCUAGCUCGCUAAGUCAAUAGCCAAGAAGGGCAUCACUUUUCUUCUGGAGUAAAGGACAAGGAAACUACAACACCACUACUUUCAGUAACAGAAGACUGAUCAGAGGCCGAUUUCCCAACAUACUCAGUAUUGAUUCCUGACAGGCUGGCAACACAAAGCCACCCUAAUGCAGAACCAUAAAAGAACGUGAAAUGAACAAACCACCACAGCCUAUAACGGGACCUACGUCUGUCCCAAACCCUUCCCCAUCCCCUGGAUUGACACAGGCCGCCUAUGGUCCUGGACAGCCCCCCUCUCUUGUUUUUGCCACCCCUCCACCUCCACAAAUGAACUCUGCACCGCAGCCAAGACAGUUUGCUGCAGGCCCUCGUACUUUACACCAACAGGGUGGAUACAGAGCAUUACAGAGCUACUAUCAGAACCGACCAGCCAUGGCCACUAGUGCUCCAAGGGUACAGACAAGUAGUGGCCCACGAGCUGUCGGCCCGACGCACGUCUACCCGCCCAGCUCCCAGAUGAUGAUGAUAUCCCAGCAGCAGCUGUCUUUUCCUGGCUCCCCUCAGGGUUACUUUAUCUCCCCUGGACAGUACCGGACCCCAUAUAUGCCUCCUACUCAGCAGUAUCCUGUGACCAGCGGUACAGCGGGCUUCUAUCCGGGAACCAGCCCUGCUGAAUACCCCGCGUAUGAGCCCUCUCUUGCUGCGAGGGAGAGGCGGGGUGGUGGGGGGAGAGGGGGCGGGCGAGAGAACGGCCGUCUCUCUCUCCACGGUGCUCCUCUCACCUCCCAGCGCUACCCUGCAGGAGCAUACUAUCCGGCUCAGCCGCCGUACUCCGCAUCUGUCCAGCCGGCGCCAGUCAUGAUCAACCCCGCGCAGCAACAGCAACAGCAACAAGCGCUGCCUCCCCAGCAGCCGCCGGCGCAGCCGCCAGGGCCACCAAAGAGGGAACGCAAACCGAUAAGGAUACGAGACCCCAACCAGGGUGGCCGUGAUAUCACAGAGGAGAUCAUGUCCGGUGGAAGGUCCACCACCACACCGACUCCCCCACAGACCUGCGCAUCAGAUGCAAGUCCUCCACAGACUAAUGGCGAAGUUACGCAGGCGGCCACUACAGUGACGAGAAAAGAUGAAAACACCGAGCCCCCUGCUAGCGCUGAAACCCCUCCACCUCCUGCAACAGCAAAUCCAGAGCCUGAGGAGGACGACGAGGAGGACGACGACGAGGAGGAGGACGACGACAAACAGGAAACAGACAGCCAGAUGACAACGCCGCCGCCACCGGCUGAGUUAGCCCCACAAUUUGAAGCCCCAACAGUCGCCGCUGCUGAUGAGGUGCCAUCCCCUUUGACUACGGACCUGGAGUCUCCCUCUUCCCUCCCAGCAGCAGCAGAAUCAUCACCAUCUUCUACUCCUCCUGCUGAGGCAGAAAAUACAGUUGAUACUAAAGUUGGUGACACGGUUGACGCUCCUGUCGGCCCUUCAGCAUCAUUAGCAGCACAGGAGGCGGCUGUCAAAAUGGAAGAACCACAGGCUUCCCCGGCUCCAGCUGAGAAAGCACCAGAAAAGGAGGAAAAGCAGACGGAGAAAGUGAAGAAAUUGGAAAAAGAGGAGCAUGUAGCCAGCACUAAAUUGGAGCCCACGGUUGAGGCUGCUACGAUACUUCCCCCCCAUAACGAGACAAAAGCAGUGAAGGCUACAAAGACAGAAACUGAAGCCUCUCCGCCCCCUGAGCAGGAACCUGCUGCUCCACAGACCCACAAAGUCGCCCCGAGCUCUGAACCUGAAGCCACGCCGGCUGAAGUGGCGGAGCCGCUUCUUCCCAACGGCCUUCCUCCGGACACAGAGGAACUGUCUGAGGAAGUGGUGUUUUUAGACUCUACGCCCCCGGACAAGCCCGACGCUUCUCCAUCUCAGGAACCAACACCUGUGGCCAAAACGUCAACGCCCACCCAGGAAGUGGAAGAAAAAGAGGCAGAAAAGGAGGCAGAACGGGAGGAGGAAAAAGAGGAUGAGAAAGAUGAGGAUGCCCCUCCUGCCUCUGUUAGCUGCCCAUCAGAGGAAUCUACUAUGCAAGCUGCAACUUCUGUACCAAAGAAGCGGAAGAACAUGAAGGAGUUGAACAAGAAGGAGGCCAUCGGAGACCUUCUGGAUGCCUUCACAGAGGAGCAAGAAGCCAAGCCGGCCCCCGAGCCCUCGUCCACUGAGGCCGACCGCAUCCCCGACGCUCCACCUGAGCCCCCCGCCGAGGUUCCCGACGAGACCUGGGAGGAGAAAGAGGACAAGCAGAACCCAGUACCUAAAGCCACACCUGAGCCCACUGACCUGAAAUACCAGUACAAAGAAGAGCAAUGGAAGCCGAUCGACCCCGAAGACAAGAAGCGGUACGACCGGGAGUUCCUGCUGGGCUUCCAGUUCAUCAGUGCCAGUAUGAACAAACCCGAUGGUCUGCCGAGCAUCAGUGACGUGGUCCUGGAGAAGGCAAACAAGACUCCAAUGCGGCCUCCUGACCCAGCUCGCAUGAUGAAUGUUGGUCCUGAUUUUACCCCUUCGUAUUUGGGGAACCUCGGCAGCAGAUCGGUGGGAGGACCCCGAGGCCCGCCACCUGGCCCACGUCGCUCACAGCAGGGUCAGAGGAAAGAGCCAAGGAAAAUCAUCCUCAGCAGCAUGUCCCUCGGCGACGACGUGCAGCUCAACAAGGCCGAGAAGGCCUGGAAGCCCACGGCGAAGAAGUCCACACGAAGCCGCAACGCAGAGGAAGCCGAGGCCGAAGACGACGAUCCCGAACAGGCCAAGACGAAGGAGCUGUUCAAGCGUCUGCGCAGCAUCCUCAACAAGCUGACCCCUCAGAAGUUUCAGGAGCUGAUGAAACAAGUGACGGACCUGACGAUCGACACCGAGGAGAGGCUGAAGGGAACCAUUGACCUCAUCUUUGAGAAGGCCAUCUCAGAGCCCAACUUCUCUGUGGCCUACGCCAACAUGUGCCGCUGCCUUUUGGGGUUGAAAGUCCCGACCUCAGACAAGCCGGGAGUUUUUGUGAACUUCCGCAAACUGCUGCUCAAUCGCUGCCAGAAAGAGUUCGAGAAGGACCAGGAUGAUGAUGAAAUCUUUGAGAGAAAGCAGAAGGAAUUGGAGGCUGCCAAAGAAGGAGAGGAGCGCGAGCGCUUGAGGGUGGAGCUACAGGACUCCAGAGACCAGGCUCGCCGCCGUUCACUGGGUAACAUUAAGUUCAUUGGGGAGCUCUUUAAGCUGAAGAUGCUGACGGAGGCCAUCAUGCACGACUGUGUAGUGAAGCUACUGAAGAAUCACGAUGAAGAGUCUCUGGAGUGUCUCUGCAGGCUCCUCUCCACCAUUGGCAAAGACCUGGACUUUGAGAAGGCCAAGCCUCGUAUGGAUCAGUAUUUCACCCAGAUGGACAAGAUAAUCAAAGAGAAAAAGACCUCAUCCAGAAUCCGCUUCAUGCUACAAGACGUCAUAGACCUAAGAAGGUGCAGCUGGGUGCCUCGCAGAGGAGACCAGGGUCCUAAAACCAUCGACCAGAUCCACAAGGAGGCAGAGAUGGAGGAGCACAGGGAACACAUCAAAGUGCAGCAGCAGCUUCUGAACAAGAAAGAGGGAGGCGGGGGAGGUGGUAGAAUGGGCGGGAACAUGGGGGGGCGUGGCUCUCACUCACAAGGAGGCGGCCGGAACAGCCAGCCUCAGGAUGAGGGCUGGAACACGGUGCCCAUCUCCAAGAACAGACCCAUCGACACCACCCGCCUCAGCAAGAUCACCAAGCCUGGUUCUCUGGACUUCAACAAUCAGCUGUUGGCUCCAGGGGGAAAAGGCAUGUGGGGUAGCUGGGGCAAAGGCAGCAGUGGAGGAACUGGAGCAAAACCAGCAAGCGGAGAGCAAGAGUCCGGUCGUCCAGCUACCAGCACCCUCAACCGCUUCUCAGCCCUUCAACAGUCCGGUUCGUUGUCAGCGACAACUGACUCGGAUCGCAAAGCUCCUCAGAGGUCAAGCUCCAGCCGCGAGCGCGGUGGCGACAGAGAAAAGGGUGAUCGUGAGGGCCGUGACGGCAGGAGCACCCCAAACCAAAUCACCAAGAGGAGCUUCAGCAGAGAGUCUCAGGAGCGCGGCGGCAGGGCCGGCGACCUCCGGGCCGCCACUGAGCCUGUGCGACGCGUGGCCAGCAUGACCGACGAUAGGGACAGAGGGAGCAGGGAUCGAGGGAGCAGGGAUCGAGGGAGCAGGGAUCGAGGGAGCAGGGAUCGAGGGAGCAGGGAUCGAGGGAGCAGGGACCGCGCUCCAAGUAAAGAUCUGCCAGUCAAGCGGGAGAGCGCUCCAACUCCGCCCCCUUCUCUUCCAAAACCUGCCUUAAGUGAAGAGGAGUUGGAGAAGAAGUCGAACGCCAUCAUUGAAGAAUACCUUCACAUUAAUGACAUGAAGGAGGCGUUGCAGUGUGUUACAGAACUCGACAGUGCCACGCUGCUCUUUGUGUUCGUGCGGAGCGUCGUGGAAUCGACGCUGGAGCGCAGCACCAUUGCUCGAGAGCGCGCCGGCCUGUUGCUGCACCACCUCGUCAAGGCGGAGGUGUUGCCCUCAGAGCAAUACUACAAAGGGCUUGAAGAUACCCUGGAGGCUGCAGAAGACACAGCCAUAGAUAUACCUCACAUCUGGCUCUACCUGGCUGAACUGAUCACCCCCAUGCUCCAUGAGGGAGGCAUCCCAAUGGGCCAGAUCUUCAGGGAGAUCUCCAAGCCUCUCGUGCCUCUGGGGCAGGCUGGCGUGCUGCUGGUGCAGAUCCUCAAGCUGCUCUGCAAUGAAAUGACGCCGAAGAAGGUCGGGACAAUGUGGGCCGAGGGAGGCCUGAAUUGGAGUGAUUUCUUACCCGAGGAUGAAGACGUCAACAAGUUUGUCACCGAGCAGAAAGUGGAGUUCACCACCGGAGAGGAGUUGGAGUCAAAGGAGGUGGAUGAGAAGAAGGUCCUCACUGGCGAGGAGCUGAGCAAACAGCUGGACAGACUCAUCCAGGACAAAGCCAACAACCAGCGCAUCAGGGACUGGGCCGAGGCUAACUUGGACGAGCAGCAAACCGUCUCCAACCAGUUUGUGCGAGCGUUGAUGACAUCAGUGUGUCAGUCCGCCAUUAUAUGUGACAGCCCGUAUAAGGUGGACGCACAGCAGAUCAAGCAGAGGGCCAGUCUGCUGCAGAGGUACCUGUCCGACGAGCAGAAAGAACUGCAGGCCCUCUACGCCCUGCAGGCUCUCAUGGUGCACAUGGAGCAGCCGGCGAACCUGCUGCGGAUGUUCUUCGACGCCUUGUACGACGAGGACGUCAUUAAAGAGGAAGCCUUCUACAACUGGGAAUCCAGCAAAGACCCUGCAGAGCAAACGGGCAAAGGUGUGGCCUUGAAGUCAGUCACCGCCUUCUUCACCUGGCUCCGCGAGCCCGAGGAGGAUUCUGACAGAGAAUAAAAGACUGGACUGAAAGCUGCUCCCCUCUUCCCCCCCCCCCCCCCACCCCCCCUCUCCCACAACCUCUUCUUUUGCAAGGCAGGGGGCUCUACAAAAGGCUGCAGAGAGUCACGGACAAUAUUGCCUGAGAGGCAGACUCGAAUCAAUCCUCAAUGAGGAUAAAUCUUUAUUUUUUGUUUUUGUUUUCUUUGAGGGAUGGACUCAGAAAACAAUCAUUUCUCUCCACCCUCCCUCUCUUGCUUCCUCCUCAUUUCCCCCCACCUGCUUGUCACAGCGAGUGUCCUCCUCAAAUAGACUUGAAAACCGAUGCAGCAGGAUUGCUUGUUAAAGAGGUGUGAAGUAUCCCACGUCACUACAAAACUUUUUCUCACAAAAAUACAAACCAACGGGCUGCUUUUUUUUUGUUUCGGAAGGUUCUCGAUCAUUCUAAUGCCUGACAUCCUAUCUGAUCUGCGAGAAUAAAGCCACAGGCGUGUGGUGUAGUGGGUUUUCUGAUACGUGGGUAUCGCCAUGCCAUAAUGUGUGUCCAAUCCAAUCUCGGCUCUUACGUCUUUGUCCCUUACUGGAGUGUGCAGCAUGACUGAAGUGUUUCUAUUAAUGAUACAGUGGACGAAACGUCGAGAGAAAAAAAUGUACAUGAACUAAUCUUAAUUUGAUGGAUGGCGUUUUUAAAGCAAAGGUUGCCUAUUUUCUCUUCCUGCUUCCCCAUCAUGAAUUUACGGAGGGCAGAAACAUGGAGGAUUGGUUCUGACCUUGACUGCGUAGGGUUGGUCUUAAUGCUUCCUCUAAGCCAUCCUCAGUAGUGAUUCACACUGACUGACUUCAUCUUUACCUCUUCUAUACUUAACCCUGAGCUGUCGUAGAGGACACUUAAUGACCCCAAUCACCGGUAAAACUUGAAAUCGACAGAAAAUUGACUUGACGAAAAUAUAUAAAGUUACAUAAAAACAAAAAUAAAAAAAAAACAGAAAUGAUCCGAAAGCCUUUUCUACUCUAAGUGGAAACUUAUUUCAGGAGCGUUCUGUAAAUAUCUAAUUAAAAAAAACUUCUUUUUUUUUCAGUUUUAUUUUUCAGAAACAAAUUGCUGAUGUAAUUGCAGUGUAUACUUUUCCAACAGAAACAUCAGUUGUCCAGAUGCAGAGAGGUGCUUUAGAUAAUCCAUCGAUUACUAAUUGUGGAAUUUUGUAAAUAUUUUUUUUGCUUUCUUUAUUUAAGAAAUUAUUGCUUCUUUUGCAUCGGGAACUGGAAAGGUGAGGUAAUGGAGCAUUGCAAAUAAAGGACUUAUUAAGUUGCU